UACGCUAUUGGACCCUGAACCCGAGAGAUCCUGCUGCCUGCCUGACCAAUAAGGCUGCUCUUCUGGAAAGAGAAGCUUCUUUUUCGACUCAUUCUUACUUAAACAAGACAAACCUGGACCCACAAAACCAGGAAAGAGCAAACAGAGGACGAACAGAACACCCGAAGGAUGCAGGACGGGAGUUGGAAUCAGCCACUCCCCAUCUCACUGCUGCUAAAGGACCCGCCACCAGGCGCGACUUUGGAGGGUGAUGGGGGCAUAUUUUCUGAGGCAUCCUCUGAUGGGGAACUCUACCUGGACUCAGUGACAGAACUGGAUUCUGGAGAUGGAGACUUUCCGGAUCUUACCGCCUUCUUAAGCGCUGAAGAGAUUAAUCGUAGCCUGGACCUGGCCCGGGAGGCCUUUAAUGAUACAUGUGAAUCUGAAGAUCCAGGUCCCUCUAAUCCAACAGAAGUGGAGCAGGCUCUCCAAUCUGUCCCCUCCCUUUCUGUGCCCUCACAAACUAGUGAAAACCUCACUUCAAGCCCAAACCUGCAGCAUCAGACCAAAUUCCCCAACCCAGAUGACAAUGCAGCAGUUAAUGUUUCCUCCAGCCAGAAUGCCCCCCUCAGUAAACCUGUACAUGUGUCUAGUGAGGCUCCAUCCUGUGUUGAGAAGGCUGUACGUCACAAACCGAUCCAACCGGUGUAUAAGCAGGAUAAACCCAGGCUGGUUCAUGAAAGCCUGGAGCUGAAUGAUCGAGUGGCUUCAGCCACGGAGUUCUGCAGCAGAGCUGCCACAUUUAUCGAGGAGCUCUCAUCCAUCUUUAAAGGUCCUGCUCAUCCAGAGACAAGGAUGGAGGAGGAUUCCUCCUCUCCUGAUAGUGGUUAUCUGACUCCAAAAAGCCAGCGGCCAGUCCCUCAGGGGUCAGCCUCUGGUUCCUCUUUGUCUCCUGGGCAACAAGAGGAAGCACAGUGCAGCCAAUCAGACAUGGGCACUCAGCCUGUUGUCCCAGCAGGAGUGGCAGCUUCUUCAAUGUAUCAAAACUCUGAAGCUCCAACAGUAUACGGACCCCUGUCACCUCCUCGCUUUCUUCAGAAGCUGAAGAGUCAGGAGGUGGCAGAAGGGAGCCCCAUUCGUCUGGAGUGCAGAGUCAGAGGAAACCCCCUGCCGCUGGUCAGGUGGUUCUGUGAAGGCCGUGAGCUGCACAACUCUCCUGACAUCCAAAUCUGGAGGGAUGGUGACCUGCACACACUGGUGAUUGCUGAAGCCUUUGAGGACGACACAGGACGUUACACCUGUGUGGCUUCCAACAGUCUCGGAGCAGAUAAUACUUCAGCUGAGGUUUACAUCGAAGGGGCGUCGUCAUCAGACUCAGAAGGAGAAGGUGCAGCAUCGAAGUCUAGAUCAGGAGCCAUGCCUCAAGUGCAGAAGAAGACUACUUCAAUGUCCCUAACAAUACGCUCGUCAUCACCCAAAACCCCCGAGGUGCUACCUCAUCGCACCACCCUGGUGCAGUCCUUGUCUCAGCCCCCACAGCGGAUGCAGAGCCCAGUUUCACCACUCUAUGCUGGUGAAGUCUCAGGCCCUCCUCUGUUCACCAAGCUCCUGCAGGAUGCCCAGGCAUCUGAGGGCCAGGUAGUGGUUCUGGAGUGCAGGGUUCGUGGAAGUCCUCCUCUGCAGGUCCAAUGGUACCGCCAGGGAAACGAGAUCCAGGACUCUCCUGAUUUUCGUAUUCUCCAGAAAAAGCCUCGAUCUGCAGCUGAGCCAGAGGAGAUCUGCACCCUCGUUAUUGCCGAGGCCUUUCCAGAGGACGGAGGUCUGUUCUGCUGCACUGCCUCCAAUCUGUAUGGCUCUGUUAGCAGCACAGCCCAACUCACCGUUACCCCAGCAGCUGAGGACUCAUCCAGUAAUGGCAUGUCUGGUGAUAGCUCAGGGUUUGAGGAUGCAGCAGCCUUCCCUCCUCCUCCCCCACCCACCGAGAUCAGCCUCCUAGAGCUGCCACCCAAGAUGCUGCCUCAGCCCAGCGCUGAGACUCUCCAGAUCAAGGAGCUGGAGAUCUGGCCCAGUGUGUCAGCUCUGCCUCCAGUACAGAUGAGCUCAGAGGUGGAGGACGAGGACAAAGGGAAAGAAUCAGUGCAAAAUGGCCAAACCCUGCAUCCACCAUCACCUCCAAGCCUUCCUAAAGAGACCACACUACCGCCCCCACCCCCACCUCUGCCACAGUCUGAUCCCACAACAGAUAUCUCUAUCCCAGUUCAAAAUCCAGCCCCUGUGAUACCAGAAUCAUCCCCAGCACCAGGCAAGCUGUCUCCAUCCCCUGGGAAAGACGGGCCUCCGCUGCCUACCAAACCUAAACCAAAGCUAGCUGAGAGUAUAGUGGAGGAGGCAGAAAAUUACAGGAACGCGGCACAGCUGAAGCAGCUGCAGGACCAGAUUCUGUUGGAGCAGCAGGAAGCAGCCAACUGGCAGCAGCAGCAGCUGGAGCAGCAGAAUCAGGAAGUCCCACCUCCACCUCUGCAGCCACUUCAGGAAGUAUCUCCACCUGCUCCUCCAUCCCCACCUCUCCCACCUCCUCCCUCCUUCCAGGAGUUGGAGAACAGCACAGCCAUGCAAGCCAGCACAUUCAACUAUGCCCGGCCCAAGCAGUUCAUUGCUGCGCAGAGCCCCGGUGGGGCGGGCUACGUCACCCAGUCCUCUGGCUCCUCUGGAUCCAGCCUGUCAUCCCCUCUGUCUCCACCCACCUCACACAAGCCCUUCAGCAGGGUCACCAUGCCCACCUUCACCAAGGCAGGCAGCCUCGAGUCCCCAAGCUCUCCUUCCUUCCCUCCUCCACCUCCGCCUUUCCUCAGCUCCAGCAGCCUGUCCUCUCCAUCAGGUCCCGCCCAAGACUUUCCUCCUCCCCCUCCCCCUCCCCCUCCACCCAUAGCCACAUCUCCAGCAUACUCAGAUAUGUCUUCGCCUUUCUCUUCCGUCCCUCCAUCUCCUGCCUCCAGCUACCUUUCCUCAGUGUUGCCCUCCACACCUUCCACACCUGGCAGCCCCACAGUCAACGCCAUGGGUCUUCCUAAAGGCAACGGGACUGUCAAAGCAUUUCCAAGGAAGUCCUCUGUCACCAAGACGCCACGCAUCGCCUCCGACUCAGACAUUCAGGGAUCCAAGGAUGCGGUCAUCCAGGAUUUGGAGAGAAAACUGCGCUUCAAAGAGGAGCGCAUCAGCAAUGGUCAACAGAGGUUAACCUAUGAGGAGAAGAUGGCUCGCAGACUCCUGGGUGCUGACAACGCAGCCACGGUCUUAAACACACAGGACACAGAGGAGGAGCCAGUCACACAGGAAGACAAAUCAUCUGAUAGAGACUCUUACCCUGAAAAGGAAUACAAAGUGUCGAGCUUUGAGCAGCGUCUGAUCAGUGAGAUCGAGUACCGUUUGGAGCGUUCUCCAGUGGAGGAAUCGGACGAUGACGUGGAGCACGAUGAGAACUCUGCUGGCCGAGGGGUGGCACCAUCUUUUGACCAGAAACUCAAACACUACAAAGUCUUUGAGGGCAUGCCAGUCACCUUCUCCUGCAAGCUCAAAGGAGACCCCAAACCAAAGAUCUACUGGUUUAAAGAUGGUAAGCAGAUCUCUAAGAGGAGCGAGCACUACAGGAUCAGCCGAGAUCCUGAUGGAACCUGCUCCCUGCACACUGCUGCAGCCUCACUGGAUGACGACGGCAACUACACCAUCUUGGCAGGCAACCCUGAGGGCAGGGUGAGCUGCACUGGCAGGAUGAUGGUCCAGGCGGUGAAUCAGCGAGGUCGCAGCCAGCGCUCAGCACCUGGACACAUGCGCAGGCCCAGGUCCAGGUCUAGAGACAGCGGUGAUGAGAACGAUAACAUCCAAGAGCGUCACUUCCGCCCCCACUUCCUGCAGGCGCCUGGUGACCUCAUUGUUCAGGAAGGCCGUCUGUGUCGAAUGGACUGCAAGGUGAGCGGCCUACCCACUCCUGACCUCAUUUGGCAGUUGAACGGAGAGACUAUCCGCCCUGAUUCUGCCCAUAAGAUGCUGGUGAGAGAAAACGGCGUGCACUCGUUGGUCAUCGAGCCUGUGACCAGCCGCGACGCAGGCAUCUACACCUGCAUCGCCAGCAACAGAGCCGGCCAGAACUCUUUCAACUUGGAACUCAUCGUUGCAGCCAAAGAGAUGCACAAGGCCCCUUCGUUCAUCGAGAAACUGCAGAACACGAGCGUCGCAGAGGGUCAUCCUGUGCGACUGGAGUGCCGUGUGACGGGGGUUCCCUAUCCGCAGAUCUUCUGGAAGAGGGAGAAUGAGUCUUUCACUCACAACACAGACAGAAUCAGCAUGCACCAGGACAACUGUGGCUACCUAUGUAUGAUCAUCCAGCCAGCUUUGAAAGAAGAUGCCGGCUGGUACACCGUGUCAGCCAAGAAUGACGCCGGCAUCGUAUCCAGCACCGCUCGGCUUGAUGUCCACACUCAAUGGCAGCAGCCUAACCUCCCAAAGCCCAAAAAGGUGCGUCCCUCCACCAGCCGCUACGCAGCACUGACAGAGAGAGGCCUGGAUGUGAAGGCGGCCUUCUUCCCCGACUCCAGUCCAGUGCAGCCCGGAGGCCUGGUGGAAAGUGACGACCUGUAGAGACGAGUCAGAGGUGUGAGGAUUACCCAGAAAAGCCAGAAAGCUGCCUGUGAUCCCGGCACUCCUAACGAGGAGAGGCAGAGUAUAUUCUUGUCCACCACCAAUGAACUGCAGAUACUGAAUUUAAGCGUGGGUGGGCAAAGUGAGAAGGUGUUGCCAUGUUUCUUUGUUCUAAAUAGGAUGACACAACACUAAUGCAUUACAGAAUUCAUCAAGUUGUUUCCCCAAGUUUCAUUUUAUUAACUGGAUCUGGAAGUGAUUGAGGUGUUUACCACAAGAAAAGACUGUUCUGUCUAUGCCUGACUCUGUUUUCCCCUUUAAAGUGCCUUUUUCUUUCUGUAAAGAUACAAAAAAUGAAACCAAAUCACUAUGCAUGUUCAAGUGGUGCCAUUUGCAAUUCACCAACUAAUACUGUAUUUAUAAGUAGCAAUCACACCAGCUGAGGAAACGAGACUGAAUGAUUCAAAGCAUCGUAGCUUGGACGAAGGAGAUCACCGACUUUUAUUGUGAGGGCUUAUGUAGCACAGUGCAGAUAGUUAAAGCAUCAUACAAUCUGUGCUUUUAGGUUGUAGAUCAGAUACUGGACAAGGCCGGACCUUACAAACGGUGUUUUUUGUUGUUGUUUUGUUUUGUUUUUGGGGGGCAGGUUUGGUUAAAAGGAUGUGUAUGUGCAGCAGACCUUAAGGAAAGUUUGUUUUAACAAGAGAAGAUGGCAGUAAAAGCAAGUCAGUGGAGGGAUGUGAAGUGUAAUACUGAAAAACUAAAAUGAUGGUGGGUUAUUUAGGUGAUUACUUUUUCUUCUUCUUUGAUUUUCUUUUCUUUCUUUUUUUUUUUGAAGUGUGAUUGAAAUGUUCUCACUUAAGAGAGGGUGCUGUGAAGGGUUUCAGUGUUUUUCGUCACACACAUCACAGAUUGUCCAUUUUAUUUUUGUAUGGAAAAAAAAAUACUAUUUACUUUCCAAAGCAAUCUUAACAUAAAUUAUAUUUGCAACCUUCAGUUCACCGAUAAAACAAUCCUGUCUAUCAUGAAGUUUUAUAAAUAUAUUUACUGCCUUAAAUCACUUAAUGCAAACAGUUUCUUUGCAUGUUUUUUUGGACACUUGUACAGUGCCAAGUAACUUUUACUAGGAUGCAUUUAAAAAAAAACCAGCUUCUUUCCUUCAGUAUUCAUGGGUAAUAAACACUCUCAACAUUAAGAAAUCAACAGCAAAGCAUAUUUAUAUCUACGAUUUGCGUCUCCUUUAUGGGCAUCUUUUUUCUGAGCUUCGGUCAGCUGACACUUUGUGUUUGCACAUUUCUAUGCCAAUCAAUGCCUGUAUAUGGAUUGUUCUCCUGAUACUAUUUUAGGUUAUAAAAUGUUAAUAAAAAACUCAAACUCUUCA